AUGGCUAUCGAAAUCGNCUGCCUUUACCUGCAGUCAUAUACAGCAAAGUUAUCUGACUUUGGCUUGGCAAAAUUGGGUCCUUCAGAGAGUAAAUCUCAUCUCACGACUCGAGUUAUGGGCACUCAUGGUUAUGCUGCUCCGGAGUACGUUACUACAGGACAUCUGUACGUUAAGAGUGACGUAUAUGGCUUUGGAGUUGUAUUGAUUGAGAUAUUGACUGGUUUACGCGCUCUUGAUGAAAACCGUCCAACCGGGCAAGAAAACCUGGUGGAUUGGAUAAAACCAUACUUAUCAGAGAGGAGGAAGCUGAAAAACGUGAUGGACUUCCGGUUGGAAGGAAAAUAUCCAUCCAGAUCCGCAUUCCAAGUGGCUCAACUGGCUCUACAAUGUAUUGAGAAAGAACAGAAAAACCGACCGCCAAUGAAAGACGUCGUCGAGACCUUAGAACAGAUCGAAACGAAUGAGAAACCAAUCGAGCCUAGACCCCGUGCUUCUCGUCUGGCAUCGAACCGCAAUGCUCAUCAGCCUCUUCACCAUAAUUCUCCAAUUCACGUGAAGCAAUAUGGAGGAAUCCAUGCUUAUCAAACAACACCACCCAGGUUGAGAUAGAUUUCAGCUGUUCUUCAUUUCUUCAUUCAUGUUUCUUAUAGAAUGUUAGAAUGAAGUUUGUUCUCUGUGCUAUAAGGUUGUAGAUAAGUACUAAGUUGUGGAUGUCCGGAAUUAGGAUAGCCUCAGCUGCUCCUAUUUUCUGCUGUGAAAUAGAGAGAUGAUAGUGUUUGGAGAGUAGCCAAUAUGCGCAUAGCUCAACUGAAUAUUACAUAUAUCCUCGAUCGAAUGAUCAAAGUUUGAAUUAUUUUUAGUAGAGUAUGAAGAACGUUUAGGUACGUUCUCCACGAAAAAUAUUCGUUUUUAAUUUCA